AUGCCUGAGCCAAAGCAUAAAACACCCGACGCCCCUCCUGCUGCCCGCGCUGUCCCACGAGGUCCUAGUCAGGCAGCAAGCGGCGGCUCAUUAGGCACGCUUCGCCAUAUCGCUCUUGUCCUUGCAGCUUCUGCUCUUGCUGGACUUGCCACGUAUUUCUCGCGGACAGGGGCACAUUCUCGUGCAGUGAAAAUCUUGCCAGAGUCUUAUGCACUGUGCGCCGACAGCGCGAAAAUCUACACAGUCGACCAGGAGAAACCGAGCGUGGACUGCGUGUUAGUAAGGCGGGAUAGGAUUAGCUCCACGGGUUCACUGGAUGAAGUACAGGAGGCUUGGGAUAUUUAUCAAACCGAAUUGAUCCAUAAAUUCUAUGGUGGAGAGGCGAAGGCGAAGAAACCACUCAAAGUCGUCCAUGCGCCCAAAGGAAGUAUCGUCGUUCCUGGGCUUGCAGAUGCUCAUGCACAUCUUAUGAUGUACGGCGCAAAGAUGCAGCUCAAUCUCGAAGCUGCUAAGACCAUCAAUGAUGUUCUGGACAGCAUAGAGGAGUACGUGAACUCGCAUCCGGACGUUCUGGCCGACACAGAGCGUUGGAUCGAAGGCUUUGGGUGGGACCAGACGCGGUGGGAGAAUUGGAAAGGUGGUUUCCCUUCCAAGGCGGAUAUAGAGUCGCGGCCGCUGCUCGCAAACCGGCCGCUCGCGCUGUCUCGUGUAGAUGGUCAUGCGCUCUGGGUAUCGUCGCGGGCACUCGACAUUGCGCAGGCGAAAAUACCGGGAGGCGAAUGGCCUGCACCGGGCGACGUGGAGGGCGGGGAAAUAGUGAGAGACGCAAGCGGAGACCCUACCGGUGUUCUUCUAGAUGCCGCUAUGGCGUUGAUACCUGUACCUCCACCCACGCCUCAGCUGAUGCGGGAGCAUGCCGAGAGAGCAAUGAAAGAUGCGCUCGCUGUUGGUCUAACAAGCGUGCAUGAUGCGGCAGUCAAUAGCGAAAUGAUCAAGGUAUUCAAGAGCCUAGCAGAUAGUGGUCAAAUGCCGAUUCGCGUGUAUGCCAUGGGCAACGAAGAGGAGCCCAAAUAUUGGGGCGGCCGGUUCGAAAAGUUGGAAGACUUUGGAAAGGACGAGAGACUGAAUAUGAAGAGCAUAAAGCUCUUCACGGAUGGCAAGCUCUCGGAGGCGGCGCUGAAGGAAACCGUGUCACGGUUCUGGGACGAAGGCUGGGGCGUCAAUAUUCACUGCAUCGGAGACCGAGCAAACAAGGCAGUGCUUGAUAUCUUCGAAGCACUACUACACAACGACACCAAGGUGGCCGACAAGCGAAGACCAAGGAUCGAGCACGCCCAAAUCAUGCGUAUGGAAGAUUUGGAGCGAGCUGGCAGAUUAGGCGUUCCGGCUGUUCAUCGCCUGACGCUUCUGCAAGACAGCACCAGCGACAUGUGGUAUGCCGAAAGUCGGCUGGGCGUGGAUAGGAUCAAGGGCGCGUAUGCGUAUCGAACUCUCCUCAGGUCGUCGCAGAAGGCGGUGCUUCCGCUUGGUUCCGAUUUCCCGGUAGAAGGCAUCAAUCCCCUUCUGGGUUUCUACGCCGCGGUAUCUAGACUGGGUGCUAAUGGUGAAAGCCCUCACGGGGAAGGAGGCUGGUUUCCGGCGGAACGCCUUACGCGCUCAGAGGCGUUGAAAGGGAUGACACUGGAUGCGGCCUACGCGUCAUUUGCUGAUGAAGACGUAGGCUCGCUAGUCCCUGGCAAAAAGGCAGACUACGUUGUGCUCGACACAGACAUCAUGGAUGACAGCGUGCCUUUCGCCGACAUACUCGGGGCCAAGGUCAAGACAACAGUGAUUGAUGGACGUAUUGCGUACGGCACAAUCUGA